UACCCGUGUGGACUGAAGCGUGUGCUCAGACGCUCCGCUAAUUCGAUGUGAUCAUCAUCAACCUUCGCCACAUCACACCCAAUUGGUCACCGUCACCGGUCCUCGUUUGUCGCUUGUACGAUCGUGUCGCCACUUGCCAGCCCGACAUGUUCCUCCGGUAUAUUUGACUAGUGCGGUAACUGUACUUUGUGACUGUGAACCUGUGACUUCUUAUCCUUCCCCGGCGGACAGUUCUACUUCAGGAUUAGGGCCCAAGACUCGAGCGUGGAGCUACCCCUGAGCCUUAUUGCGGGGGACGGACGGCCCGGCUCGAGGACGUUGCUCAGUAACGUGGUGGCGGGGGUGGCAAGUCUAGCCGCCUCCAGGGACGCCGCCUCCUGUGUCGACGCCUUUUGGAAGAUGCCGCACAAGGGUGAGUAUGAAGAGCACUGCAGUGCGGCGGCGGCGAUGGCCCAGAGCUCGCUGUUCGGGUGUUCUACGGCAGGCCACUCGGGCAUCAACCAGCUCGGGGGCGUCUACGUGAACGGCCGGCCGCUGCCCGACUCCACCCGCCAGAAGAUCGUGGAGCUCGCCCACUCCGGGGCCCGGCCCUGCGACAUCUCCCGCAUCCUGCAGGUCAGCAACGGCUGCGUCUCCAAGAUACUUGGCAGAUAUUACGAGACGGGAUCGAUCAAGCCCCGAGCCAUCGGUGGGUCCAAGCCACGGGUUGCUACCAACGGCGUGGUCACCAAGAUAGCCGACUACAAGCGCGAGUGCCCGUCGAUUUUCGCCUGGGAGAUCCGCGACCGCUUGCUGUCUGAGGGCGUCUGCACCAACGACAACAUCCCAUCCGUAUCUUCUAUCAACCGAGUGCUGCGAAACUUGGCGGCGCAGAAAGAACAGCAAGUAUCUGCUCAGAAUGAGAGCGUGUACGACAAGCUCAGGAUGUUUAACGGCCAGGGUCCUGGGUGGGCAUGGUACCCUGGCACCCCGCCGUCCACGGCACACCUAGGACUCCCGCCCAACCCAGCGGCCGCGCUCUCUGGGCAGGUCACACGGGAGGACAUCCAGAAGAGAGCAGGAGAACUGCUCCACGAAAACACGUCUGACGGCAACUCGGAACACAACAGUUCUGCGGACGAGGACUCGCAGCUGCGGCUCAGGCUCAAGAGGAAACUGCAGAGAAACAGGACGUCCUUUACCAACGAACAAAUUGACAGUUUGGAGAAAGAGUUCGAAAGGACCCAUUAUCCGGACGUGUUCGCGAGAGAGAGGUUGGCCGAGAAGAUAGGACUCCCAGAGGCAAGAAUACAGGUGUGGUUCAGCAAUCGGCGAGCUAAGUGGCGUCGAGAAGAGAAGUUGCGGAACCAGCGUCGCGGUGCUGAGCCCGUCACUUCCUCCGCCGCCAGCCCUCCGGCCCCUGGCGCUCGCCUCCCCGUCAACUCGGGCUUCAACUCCAUGUAUACGUCCAUUCCGCAGCCCAUCGCCACCAUGGCCGACACUUACAAUUCCAUGUCAUCCAACCUGUCGUCGAUGUCCGGCAGUUGCCUGCAGCAAGCUAGAGAUCACCACUCCAGCUACCCCUACAUGUUCCACGACCCUCUGCACUCGCUCAGCUCCACCUACAACCACUCCAGAGUGAACCCCGCCGUGGCUCACCAGAGCGCGGUCAACUCUCACCCCGGCGCCUACCACGGCACCCCGGCCACCUCCGGCACCCCCGGCACCGGCACCGGCGUCAUCUCCGCGGGAGUCUCGGUACCCGUGCAGAUCCCCAGCCAGACCGCCGACCACCAUCUCUCCUCCAACUACUGGCCCAGACUGCAGUGAUCUCAGCUGUUCGGGUUCCCCGCGACCCGCCUCAUGCUGGAGCACAGCUCGCCGCAACCACAGCCCCCCUUGCCGCAGCCGUGAACUGUGGCUCAGCUCUCUCCAUCCGCAGUGGGAAAGGCACUAAGCAAAACUCUUCAAGGCAGUGAUUUCGUUGAAUUCUACGCUAUAACCAACCAUAAAAAAGCACUAUCUCUUUGAGAUGCUGUAAAUUUCACUCUUGCACUCAAUAUAAUCCGGAGAGACCAAAAAUUCCUUCCACAGGCUUGCCAACUGCACUAGUUCUAUAGCGCAGCUGGUCGCUACUCGUGGAUUUGCUUUCAAGUUAUUUACUGUUUUUACGACCCUCUGUGUUCAAUUGGGUAAAUGUAAAGAUCGUCAGUGAUCAAACACGGUAUUGAAUUGUAAUGAUUAAUUUAGUCUCAUUUAUUAUAUUGGUUAUAAAGAGUGUAAGACACGUUAUCUUAGAUUCCAAUGUAACUGUGUUUUGCUGUGCCUUCUCCUUCUGCUUCACUGAUCAAUAACUUCCGCCAUCAGCAAUAAAGUUGUCGUACACCACCAGUACAAUACCACAAAUAAACUAUUGUCCAUGUGCAACAUCAUGGAUCAGUAUCUGUCACAAUAAAAACGAAAUUACUACGAUUCAGGAGACUAAAGGCAAUUUUUUACUUCUGCAAGUCUUAGUGUAAAGUGUAUAUAUUGUGCCAAUUAUAAUUGUUUUUGAAAUCGCUAGUUUAAGUCAGUCAGUUCAGUUACUGCAACAAUUCUGUAUUUUACUCGAUGAUGUAUGGUGUAAUGUAAUUGGAAUAUGAUCAACCUCAUCAUUCAUCUCUCACAAAACACAAAUUCACAACUACUUUACAAUUCUAGUCUUAAUUCUGUACUAAUUUAUUUCAAUCAAUUUUAUACAUUUCACUUAAUAUAAUCAUGUUGAUUCGGAAUUAUUAAAUGUUUAUUGUUGCAAUGAACAUAUAAAAAUAUUUUUAUUUAGUAAUUGUGAAUUGUAAAUUUGCAACCAUACAAAUAAUAUAGUAUAUAUAAAUUCAGAUGUUUAUUUUAUUGAUACAAAUUUAAGCUAUGUCAUGACGAUGUAAUAAGUCUUGUACUUUUAUUACUGAACUUACAUUUUACGAGCAAUACGUGUUGAUAAUAAAAUCUUAGAUAUACGACCAAUGUUCAGUGCGGUCAGUAGGCGUUAUUUGCAAUAAUUUAAAUAAUUUCUUGGCCUACUUUGAUCGAAGUUAUGUCGGAUACAGGGUUAGUCUCAGCAUCACCCUUAGUAGUGCCAUAAGUAGUCGAUGUUCACUUUACCAUUAGUAUUAUUGACAGUUGUUUAUUUCGUGUACGUUACUUUAUAUAUAGUGAAGUGUUUACACGAGGCGCACUGUCGUCCACGGCCCGAUGAGAACCCCUAUCCUCGUGGACUAUCCACUUAAUGUUUUACAAUCCAUUGUGUGAAUAGCUCUUUCUGUUGGUGUCGUGAAUGGUGCAUAGUGUAUUUGAAGCUAUUUUUUGAAAAUGUAACGAUUGCUGACUGUAAUUAUGUAGCUAGUUUGUGUAAAGGUUAUGUAUGAUUCAUUAUGAUCUCUGUAGAAUAAAUCGCAUAAUUUUACAUCGUUUUAGUUGUUAUGAAAUUGUGAUCAACUCGAUUUAUUGUAAAAAUGUCAAAACUAAUUUUAGCGUAUAAGUAUUUUAGCUGUAGGGAGAGAUAAUUUUGUUUGAAUAACAAAAUUGUUUAUUUUUAAUGUCUCGUGUAACGCUGUAACUUCUACAGCGCCUCCAAUGAUUUGUACCAUACCAUUUACAAUGUUUAAAUAUAGUCGAAUUCAUAUCUG